CACGUGAAGGCAAAUGAAUCAGACGCCGCCGUGUAAGCGUUUCGUGUGUAAGUACCGCGUAUUUUUUGCGAUAUAUAUAUUGUUUGAUGCCAGAUCGAUACGAGUGACAAGCCAACGCUUCCGUGUAAGAUGCAUUACUUAGAUAUUUCUAUAGAACAUCCAUUCUGUCCUGAUCUGGAGAUAACUCCCGUAUACUUGAAGAAAAAUAUUCUUGAAGCCGUUCGGCAGUUUUGCGGUGAGGAGGGAGCCAAGAGUCCAAUAGACAUUUUAAAGUUUAACGCUGCAAAGCGUAGAUUUGUGGUGCGCUGUCCAUCUGACGCUUAUACGCGGCUACGAGCCUCCCUGACUUUAGCCACCAAAUACGAAAACGAGACGUGCGUGUACACGGUACACCGAGCUACGCGGAAUUUAUUGUCUUUCACUGCCGACAGUAGGACGUAUAACCACGGAGUAGUCCCAUCCGAAAAUUAAUCAUGCCGUUAAUUCACAAGGAGGGCAAAGAUACCAUUAUUUUCGCGUCUAAAGAAGACCACGCGGUACCCAGCAAGAUCAAUUUGCCAGAUCCGGAGCCUAGUCCCGGUCUGCUGUUGCCUAACGGUGAGAUUAACUGGAAUUGCCCGUGUCUAGGUGGUAUGCCGACUGGGCCGUGCGGAUUAGAGUUCCGCGAAGCUUUCUCCUGCUUCCAUUACUCGACUGCGGAUCCGAAGGGCUCUGACUGUCGUAAGAUAUUCGAAACAAUGCAGGACUGUAUGUUGCAGUAUCCUGCGCUGUACGAAAGCAAAGGCGCGCCAGCAGACGACCUAGAUGACGAGACAGAGGAGGCCGAAGAAGCAGACAAGAAGUUGUCGGCUUCCAAUGAAGAGAAGAAGAAAGCAAUGGUCGCUAGUCAGGACGAAAUAUUGGAGACGACAACCGAAAAGAGAAUGAACACUUCGAGAACAAAGCAAGAAGUGGAGCGAACCAAGACUAACUGAACGUAUGCUUUAUAUACUUUGCUGUUUCAAGGUGAUACUAUGGUGUCUUCUUUCUCUUCUUUUAAUGAAUAUCUAUUUCAUUGAGAAGGCACAAUAUCACGCCUUGUCAUAUUGUGGUGUUGGUAGUAUUUGCAAGACGCGUUCUUGUAACGCAUAAAUAAUGAGACUUAAAACGUGAAAGAUCUCUCUAACCUGAACAAAAGUGAUGUACGAAACGAAUAAGUAGAAAAGACAAGCAAUGUACAUCAGUUAUUUCUGAUAUUUCAUAAAAUUAUCAGAUCAAAGUCUAGAGAGGUUAAAUUUAAAAGCGUAAUUAGUGGAUUCAUGGUAAAUUUGGAUACAACUGUGCAGUCAAGUUGUCCAUAGAUUUCAUGUUCGUCUGUUAUUAAAAAGAUCUCUAUUAAUU